AUGGCUGCGAAAGCAUUCAACGUGGGGGUUAUCGGCUACGGCAUGAGUGCCAAAGUCUUCCACAUUCCCUUCAUCAGUGCCCUCCCAGAGUUCAAUCUAUAUGCAAUUGUGCAAAGGACACCUUCGGCUUCGGACGAUGCGCAAAAGGACCACCCAGAAAGCAAGGUAUAUCGAAGUGCGGAGGAGCUGGUCAAUGAUAGCGCUGUCGACGUGGUGGUGAUCACAACCACUCCAGACAGCCAUUUCAGUCUGGCAAAGCUUGCUCUGGAGGCAAAGAAGCAUGGUACUGUUUAUUCUCCAUCCAUCAAGGCAUGUCCAAGUGGGCAUCCGGCUAACCGGUGUGUGAGAUAUAUAGUUGUCGUUGAGAAGCCGUUCACUCCCACUACGAAAGAAGCAAACGAGUUGAUAGAGCUAGCAAAGACACAAAACAAGCUGCUCACAGUGUACCAGAACCGAAGAUGGGAUGCAGACUUUGUCACGGCGUCAAAACUAAUCAAAGACGGCUCCCUUGGUCGCGUAGUUGAGUUUGAGACUCACUUCGACCGCCAUCGUCCAGAGCUCAAUAUCAAGAAAGCAUGGAAGGGCAAGGAUAUCCCCGGCGGUGGCUCCAUCUAUGAUCUUGGAACGCAUCUUAUCGAUCAGGCAGUCCACUUGUUUGGCCUUCCAAACGAGAUCACCGGCUUCAUCACGGCCCAGCGGGAGAUUAGUACGGAAAAUUACGAGGAUUCAUUUACUGUUCUAUUGCAUUAUGACAGACUACUGGUAACAGCAAAGAGUGGGGUUAUCAGUCCCGAGGAGAACCAGCUUCGGUUCUGGAUUAGAGGCGAAAAGGGGAGCUUUAAGAAGUACCACCUCGACCCUCAAGAGGACCAAUUGCAAGCCGGUGUAAAACUUGAUGAUGCCCAGUAUGGCUGCGAGCCCAGUGAUAGGCACGUUAGUUACUCGAUAAGCAAGCUAACAUCCACCCUAGGUGUCCUUACAACGUUUGCUGGGGGAAAGUUCUCUUCGCAAACAGUUCGGCCAGAGCCACCAACUUACAAGGAGUUCUACCGUUCACUUGCAAAGGCUCUGUCUGGUCAAGGGCAGGUCCCUGUAGACCCUGCAGAUUCUGGUACUGUCAUUCGUCUGGUUGAGCUUGCAAAGGAGAGCUCCAAGAAGCGAUCAACCUUGCCUGUCUCAAAGUCCUAG